UUUGGAUUGUUUCAUUGCCUCCAGGGUUGGGAAGAUGCAGAAAACCAAGCGCAAGGGAAGAGGCAAGAGCAUAACACGCGUGAAUAAAAAGCAAAAUGCUAGCAAAUCAGUACAUAAGCAAUGUAUUGCCUUGGAAGAUGGAUCUAGAAACUUGGUUGAAUCCUUUGGAAAUUCCUCGAGUGAACUCACCAAACAGAUUGAGUCAAAACUAUCAGAAAGUGUUGUUUCUCUUGCUUCAUUUGAUGCUAGUCUGGAUGGAUCUUUACAUGAUGGGUUCGCUAAAAAAUUGACGAUUAAAGUGCGUCUUCCCAAUGAUCGAGUUGUCAUUGGCUCGUUAGGCCAAAUUGAUCUCAAGAAGCACAUCUCAGUUCUAGCCAUCCCGUGCAAUUUGAGUUCGAUAGUAAGGUAG